GUCACCAGGCAUCAGGUCAUUUGGCUCGACAGCGGGCACCGCGUCAUCUGGCAAGGCAGUGGGCUCCGAGUCAACAGGCACGUACGACAGUGGGCACCGGGUCAAAACCAGGCAUUGGAUUGUCUGGCUCGACAGCGGGCAUCGGAUCGUCACCAGGUAUGGACAGCGGGCACUGGGUCACCAGGCAUCAGGUCAUUUGGCUCGCCAGCGGGCACCGCGUCAUCUGGCAAGGCAGUGGGCACCGAGUCAACAGGCAUCAUCAUUGGAUCAACAGCGGGCAUCGAGUCAACUGGCCGACAUAGGAUCGUCACAGGCUGGAUCAGUUCAACAGCUGGGCAAGAGGCACCAGGUCAUCUGACCGGCAGCGGCAGUAGGUCACCAGGCAUAGUAGUAGGGCUUUCA